AUCAAAAGGAUCUUCGGAAUUUACUCUUUCCGACGUUGGCAAGAUUACUGGAGAGGUUUAUUCGCCCCCAUUUGCUACUUCCGACGACAUGUUCUGGCAGCUAAAAUUUGUUCCUUCCUUUAAAGAUGACCCAGACUAUUUCUCUCUAUUCUUAUGCGCUAUUCCAAAUGCAGAAGAAGAGCAUAUGGCUGGUGUAUGGUCAAGAAGAGGAACAUUGUCGGCAACCCUUUAUCUACGAACGCAAUCUGGGCAAGAAUAUACUGGUCAAUACGUAAAGACAUUUAUCAUUGGUAUGGACAACUUCUGUGCUAAAUGGGGCGGAUAUGGUCUGAACAGAUUUUAUAAGAAAAGUUUAUUACCAAACGCAUUUACACUUGGAGUAGAAUUCGAUUCUGCCAUGUUUCGACCACUGGCUCAAGCAGGUCCUUUACCUGGCAAACCGAUACCUGAAGCCUUACUCGAGGCGUGGACCGAACACCUCAACAAAUCUGACACGGCAGACGUAGAAUUCAACGUGCAGGGUACUAAGAUAUACGCCAGUAGUGUAAUAUUAGUGAAAAGAUCGGAUUAUUUUUCUCGUAUAUUUCAGCAGAAAUGGGCCGAGCUGCAGACGACUGAUUCGACUUCGACCACAGUGGCGGACGAAUCAACUACAGCGAACGUAAAGACAACAGAUAAACUGCCGACUGCCGACGACGUCGAAACCACCAUUAGUAGCAGCCCUGAUGCAGAGUCAGCUUUCGAGUCAUCUAAACCCAAUAAUAUCAAAUACGUAAUCGACGUGACUGACUUUCAUCAUGUUACUUUUCUCGAAAUGCUGAAAUUUCUCUAUACCGAUAAGGUGAAUUUUGACAGGCGAGAAGACUCGCACAAGAACUCUCUCGAUCUAUUCUCCAUAGCGGACAAGUAUCUUGUUACCGACUUAAGACAGCGAGCAAAGGCCAAGCUAUGCAGAGAUCUUAACGAUAAUAAUGCAGCAGAGCUACUGUUCUCGGCUGCGUGGAAGUGGCCCGAUCUGAAGGACGUUGUAAUGACGUAUGUCGUCGAGAAUUUUAGUCGGGUGAGGAGAUCAUCCGGAUUUAAGAAUAUACAACGUAAUUCUGAUGCCUAUCCAAGGUCGAGCGAGGUGUUGAUGGAAUUAUUAGGACUGCUAAUACCCGACGAUGAAACCAAACAAUAA